AUGCAAGUGGACAGUCAAUGGGCUGAAUCAAUCAUAUCAAAUUUAGCUUCUGUUCCAUUUGACAUUAUUCAUCGUAUAAAUUAUAUUGAACAACAAAUAUCUAUUGCUAUUAUUCUUUGUAAACAUUCAUCUUUAUUACAAUCAUCAUUAAUAACAACAAAUCUGUUUCCUUCACAACGUGUUGAACCAAUCGAUAUGCCACGUCCUCAACAAACACAAAAUCGAAAACGAUUAGGUUAUACGAGAUCAGUAACAACGGAUGAAGAACAAACAACUAGUUCUUAUAUGCAAAAUAUACCUAUUAAACCUGUUAAACAUCCAGCUGAUCAAUCAUCUAUUGUGAUUUUUUUAAAACGUUUAUCUAAAUUUUGUUUUGGAUUAUUUAUUUCUAUUCCAUGUGUUAUAUUAAUAACGCUUAUCUUACCAAUAUCUUGGCUUAUAAAAGCAUUUAUGCGAUUUACUUGUCGAUAUCAUUGUACAGUUACACCAUGUACAUGUAGUUAUUUAUCUCCUAGUGAUUUAUUUUGGUUAUAUAAUAGUAAUAUAUCAAUAAAUCGAAAUAAAAAUGAAGAAACAACAAAAUUAAAUUCUCAAACUAUUGGACCGAUGGCAGCAGCCAUAUUUCUUCUUGAAGGAUCCGUUAAUGAAAACUCUUUGAAAAAAAUUUUAAUGAAUCGUCUUAUAACAAAUAGUUUUCGACGUGGUUCAAAUGUUGGGCGUAAAUUAUUUCCACGUUUUUCACAAUUAAUUUUUCCACAUUUUUCCGGUACAAUGUGGAUUGAUUAUUCAGCUUUUUCGAUUGAUGAACACGUACGUGAAAUACCACGAAAUAUACAAACAGAUGAAGAUCUUCAAACUUACGUAUCAACACUUGUUUCAACUGAACUAACACUUACUCGACCAUUAUGGCAAUUACAUUAUAAAAAUCGUUCUUCAAUACGUCCAAAUGAUAGUAUACUUUUAUUUCUUUAUCAUCCUGUUCUAUCUGAUGGUAUAUCAUUAGUACGUAUAUUAUUAAAACAUAUUGUUGAUAAUCGUACAACACAACUUGACAUAAAACCUCGUUUUGCUGGUAGACGUGAUGAACACAUAUUUGAUUAUAUAAAAUCAUAUUUAUUUGGACAUCUGUUAUUAUUUAAUAAAUUAAUAUUUAAUUCUUAUAGAGAUAAUUUUUUAAAACGGAUUAUGUAUAAAAAUACAAAUAUAACAACAAUAAAUCCACAUUUAUCUAGUCAACAACAACGAUUAGUUCUUUGGUCAACACCAUUUAGUUUCACACAAGCUACACGAAUCAAACUUGUUACACGAACACGUAUGAAUGAUUUACUUUCAACAUUAGUGAUUUCUUGUGUUAAAUUAUACAUAGAAAAACAUGGUUUAUCCAAUUCAUCAAAUAUUAAUUGUGUUAUGCCAUGUGAUCUGCGUUCCAAUACGCCUCAUAUUGUUAUGGGAAAUCGUUUAGCACAUUUAAGUCUUGAACUACCAAUGGAUAUUGAAGGAAAUAUUCCACUUUUAUGGUCAUUUAAUGAUAAUACAAAACGAGUUAAGCAAAACGGAGAUUAUGCUACGAUGUAUUUAUUUACACAUAUCAAUUAUCUUUUGUUCCCUCUUUGUAUUGCUAAUAGAAUAAUGGCUCGUGUUUAUAAUAAUGCUAGUUUAUGGUUAACAACAUUAGCUGCUGGUAGUAGUACAACAUUAGCAACAAUGUCCAUCUGUAAUCGAGAUGUUCGAAGUGUAAUAUGUCUUAAUCCAAGUAUUGGUACACAUAGUAUUAAUUUUUGUGUAACAUCUUAUGCUGAUGAAAUUCGUCUUGCUGUUAUUGUUGAUCCAAAUCUUAUACCUGAUCCACAGUUUUUUACUAAAUGUUUUAAUCAACAAUUGAGUGUUGUUCAAGAACUUCUUGCACAUCGUCGAAUACCAGGUGAAGUUCGUCGAAUAACUCGACCACCAAGAUUUCCUCUACCCAAAAAAAGUAUUAGCAGCAUAUCAGAUAUGUCAGAUGAUUUAUCAAUAGAAGAAAUUCAAACAAAAAUGGCAGCAUUACAACAAGAAUUACUUUCAUUGAAAAGUCAAUUUGAAAAUCUUGAUAUGAAUGAUUCAUCAAGUCAAACUGAACGUUUAAUAAUUACAACAAAAUUAGAAGAAUUACGACGAGAAUUUCGUGAACUUCUUAUUAAAUUACAAGAACGUCAAUGUGAAUUAUCUGGUAUGAUACCAAGUGAUGAAGAAGAUGAAAUGGAUCCACAUGUUCGUGUACGUUUACGAUCAGCAAGUGUUGCAUCAAGGAUUUCAUUAAAAUCCAAUGAACAAAGACCACUAUCCGGAAGAACUUUUCAAUUUGAUAGAGAUGAUGGAAGUGAAUAUAGUGCUGCUGCUUCUCAUAUUCAAGCACAAAAUUCUAUGUCAUCAUCAAAAAUAAGUUUUCCAGAACAACAAAUAUAUGAUCAACAAGAAGCUGGUAUGCGUCGUGCACAAUCCGUUAGCAUUUGUGAAAAUACUCGUAUCGGUAUGCAACGUCAAACAUCCUUAAAUCGAGCUCGACCGACGACACCAUCAAAAACAUUUACUACAGUCACAACAACAAAUGCUACUGUUGUUCAUUUUGAUUCAAGUGAAAAUUAUAAACAUGGAAGUUGA